UUGGAGUAACAUAAGCUGCCUCAGCAAUACGUUUAACACAGUCUUAAUAUGAAUUUGAUAGAAGAAAAUUUGCAUUGCUGUUUGUUGGGCUAGUACUGGCUAAGACAAGGCAAAAUUGACCAAUUUGUCGCAUGGUAAAAUCUAUGGAAAACAAGCCCCUUUUUGCAAAUACAUUUGGCCAAAUGUCAGAAGUCUUUUGAUUGUGUAAAUUUGAACUGUCAGUAAAAUGUUUGAAAUUGGCAGAACACUAAAUGCUGCUUUAUUGCAUAAUGAGAUAAUCAGCACCAUGGAACCUCAGGUGUCAAAUGGCCCUUCAUCAAACACUCCGAAUGGCCCAUCAAGCAACAAUAGAAACUGUCCAUCACCUAUGCAGACAGGUGCUCCUACAGAUGACAGUAAAACUAACCUCAUAGUCAACUAUCUUCCCCAAAACAUGACACAAGAAGAAUUCAGAAGUUUGUUUGGGAGCAUCGGUGAAAUAGAAUCAUGCAAACUUGUUCGAGAUAAAAUAACAGCUGAUAUAAAAAAUACUGGGCAAAGUUUGGGAUACGGUUUUGUGAACUAUGUUGAUCCAAAGGAUGCAGAGAAAGCAAUUAAUACUUUAAAUGGGCUUAGACUUCAGACCAAGACCAUAAAGGUUUCUUAUGCUCGUCCAAGCUCUGCAUCAAUUCGUGAUGCUAAUUUGUAUGUUAGUGGCCUUCCUAAAUCUAUGACUCAGAAAGAAUUGGAGCAGAUGUUUUCACAAUAUGGCCGAAUCAUCACUUCCAGAAUUUUAGUUGACCAAGUCACUGGUGUUUCUAGAGGAGUUGGGUUCAUCCGUUUUGAUAAACGAAUAGAAGCAGAGGAAGCAAUCAAGGGACUGAAUGGGCAGAAACCUUCCGGUGCUACAGAACCAAUAACUGUGAAAUUUGCCAAUAAUCCCAGCCAGAAAACAAGCCAAGCACUACUCUCACAGUUGUAUCAGUCACCAAGCAGACGUUAUCCUGGGCCCCUGCAUCAUCAGGCUCAGAGGUUCAGGCUGGACAAUUUGCUUAAUAUGGCCUAUGGCGUAAAGAGAUUCUCCCCAAUCACAAUUGAUGGCAUGACCAGCCUUGUUGGAAUGAAUAUUCCUGGACACACUGGAACAGGCUGGUGUAUCUUCGUCUACAACCUUUCCCCUGACUCAGAUGAAAGUGUUCUCUGGCAGCUCUUUGGACCAUUUGGAGCCGUAAACAAUGUCAAGGUCAUUCGCGAUUUUAGCACAAACAAAUGCAAGGGUUUUGGGUUUGUCACUAUGACAAACUAUGAUGAAGCAGCCAUGGCAAUUGCAAGCCUAAAUGGAUACCGCUUGGGUGAUAGAGUUCUACAAGUAUCAUUCAAGACCAACAAAACCCACAAAUCCUGAAGUGCAGAUAUAAUGUUACAUUUACAAACAAAUGGAACUUAAAAGGCUUAUACUAAAAAUGGACUUCAUAAGCCAGUGUUGCCUAAGUAUUAACAUAGGAUAUCCUGCAACCGAGCAGGAAAUGAUUUUAUAAUGCUAGAAGACUUUGAUGCAUUGAAUGUUCUUUCAUAGCUGUUGUUGUUCAAAAUAUACAUAGAUAAAAUGUGCAGGACUUUUUACCCAGCCUGCUACUUUUUCUACCUUCUUUGAAGGUGGACCUUUUUAAGUCACCCAUUCACAUUUAAAAGAUGAAAAUACAUUUGACAUUUUUGAAAAAAACCUUCUCAAAAAGAACACAGUUGAAUUGAUUUAAUAAACAGCCACCAUCCAGACCUCCACUCCCCCACCCCCCAACCACCCUAUUCAAUAAACAGAUCUGCUGAAGCACUUCUGCAGAUGUUUUAGUUAUUCCCUUUCCUUUGAAUCAUGUAAACAUGAAGUAUUUCCUGGUUGGGAAGGGGAAUAGGGGGACCUGAUGACAUGACUUAACUUAAACAAUGUUGCCAAAGAGAUGGUCUCUUUGCUGAAAAUGGGUUUCAAAAGAUCUAUUUUUAUAAUAAAAAAGGAGAAUUUUUACAGGAUCUGGAUUUGAAAAAAAUAUUUUGACUGGCAAAUAUGGGGGAUAAAGGACAACUUUGUCACGUUCAUACUGUACUGGUACUUUUUAGGAUCAAGAUAUAUGUUUUAAAUUGGAAUGUAGGUUGCUUUUUUGAACGAUGGGAAAAAAACAGAUGAUCAUAUCUUUCAUAAAGUAAUAAUAGGGAGCGAUCUCCCCAGGCACACAGUUCCCCACAGUCAGAACCCAAAAGCAAGGAGAUUAGUUGCUAGAAAGUUUUUUUUAAGUCAUCAGUAACAGCCGGGCAUAUCAUUAAAAUUAAAGAUUUUUCCUGAAAUAAAUGUCAAAACUUCCUUAGUCGAAGUAGUAGGUAGGUGCUAAUGAAAUUGCAUAUCUUUAAACUCUAAAUAUGAACAUACACAUCACUUGUUUAUCUGAACUGUUGUUACUUGUUUGUGUUGAAUUUGUUGCCAACUUUAAUUCCAUUUUAGUCCUUGAUAUUCCAUUUUAACAAACAGGACACUAUUGGUAUUGUUUCAUCCAAUCAUUUAUUUAUUUUAUUGCCAAUCUGAUGCAUUUGCCAAAUUAAAUUUAGCUAGUUAGUUAUUUGUUUAUUUUAUCUAUUGAACGAUGUUUCUUAAGUUUGUGUCAUGUAUAUAAAAAUUGAUUUGUUUUUAUUUAUAAAUUGUAAGAACUUGGUUGUUUUGUUUCGAUGGCAAAAUGGUUCCAGGUGAUACUAAGUGAGACUUAAGUAUCUAAGUAUUUGCUUGUGCAGAAAUAACAAAUAUUGUUUAAUAUAU